AACUGGAGUUUAGCAACAUUGGUUGUGCCUCCCCCACCAGAAGGCAAGCUCCAUCAGUGGAUGAACUUUGUGUUGCUUUUUGCUGUGUGCCUGGCAUCUAGAACAGUGCCUCACACCUACUAGAUAUUUAAUCUUACUCAGUGAAUGAACAAAUGAAUACCUACAUAGAAGAAUAAGUUGAUGGCCAGAAUGGAGGCUGUUUUAAGAGGAAAGAGCAGCUUCACUUUACUUAUGGAUGAGUAAUCAGUGCGAGGGGAGCUCUUGCCCUGAAUGAAUCCAAGUAACCCCGGUGGUUGCCUUCUGAAAUGACCAGCAGACACACAUCUGUACGGAGGCUGCCCAAAGUGUAAAUUCUGGUUCUGAUGUACCAUGUCCAGCCAAGGAAGUCCUGGUGAGGAGUUUUCUACGACAACAGUCAGUUCAGUAGCUGUGCAGGCUGGGGACUCCAAAAUCGUUAUAGCCAUCAUAAAGUGUGGCAAGUGGGUACAACUUCAAUUGGCUGAAUCACAGCCCAAUCUUCUGGAAAUUGGAAGCAAUCAAGAUGAAACCAAAAAACUUCUUCAUGAUCAUGAACUUCUUUUGGCCAAGCUCAAGGCUUUGGAAGACCGAGUAUGGGAACUCCUGCAGGAAGCAGACAAGACGGCUCAGGAGAACAAGGAUCAGAGCCAGGUCUAUGAUGCCAUGGCCAAAACUCUGGGUGAAGCAUGGGCAGCCCUGGUCUCCAUGCUUGAGAGAAGGAGGGAGCUUCUCAGGUUGACCUCUGAAUUUUUUGAAAAUGCCUUGGAGUUUGCCAUUAAAAUAGACCAAACGGAAGAUUUCCUCCAGAACACUCAGGAAUUUGAGAGUGCCGAGUCCUUGAAAUCACUCCUUCAGCUUCAUGAACAUCAUACCAAAGAACUCUUAGAACGAUCUCUAGCCCUUUUAAACAAAAGUCAACAACUCACUGACUUCAUAGAAAAAAUCAAGUGUGAUGGACCUAAUGUGAAUCCCGAGAUGAUUCAGGGAGCUCAAAACAGCUGCCUGAAGAUUGACAGUCUUCUUGAACUUCUCCAAGACAGGAGACGGCAAUUAGACAAGUACCUGAAGCAACAGCAGCAGGAAUUGAGUCAGGUUCUGCAGAUAUGUCAGUGGGACCAACAAGAAAGUCAGGUUACUUGUUGGUUUCAGAAAACCAUAAGAAAUUUACAGGAACAAAGUCUAGGUUCAUCACUUUCAGACAAUGAGGAGCUAAUUCGUAAGCACGAGGAACUGAUAAUAAAAGCAAAGGAAUGGAAUUCCGCAGUGCAGAAGCUGAAGACAGAGGCACUGGGGAUUCUGCUUUCCAAGGAGGAUGUGGAGAAAGAACACCUACAGCUCUCUAACCAGAAACUGACUUGGCUUCAAGAGGAAUUUGGUCGGCUCAUGGUGGAAAGGAAAACCUGGUUAAAAAAGGCAAAUGACUUUUUUAACAGCGCAAACAAGGCAUUUGAUGUACUUGGAAGAGUUGAAGCUUACCUUAAGCUCCUUAAAUCAGAAGGUUUAAGUCUGCCUGUCUUGGCAGCGAGGCAUGAGGAAUUACACAGAGAAAUUAAAGACUGCACAGCUGAUGCUUUGCAAGAGGGACAAGCCUUAAUCAACGAACUAGCCUCCUGCAGCUCUCAGGUGACCGGUGUCCAUGAGAUGAUGGGAUGCAUCAGGAGGCGAGUUGAUCAUCUGACUGAACGGUGUUCAGCGCACAGGGAAUUUGCUCUUAAUAGACAGCAAUUAACAGCCUCAGUGGAGGGCUAUUUAAGAAAGGUGGAAAUCUCCAUUCAGAAAAUCAGCCCAGUAAUUUCUAAUGCAAUGGAUGUCGGUUCCAGCCUCUCUGAAUCAGAGAAGAUUUUGAGUACAUAUCUGGAACUAGAUAAACAAGCUAAGGAGACAUCACAUGAAUCAGAAGCAGCUGCAAAACUCUUGACAGAGAAAAAUGAUUUUGAACCUGAUGAAGUGGCAUCGCUUUCUUCUAAAGCUAAGUGGCUAGAGGAAGAAUUAAACAUACUUGGCCAAAGCAUCAGCUCCAGGUCACAGGUCCUGCAAACUUCUGUGGCAUUUCUAAAGUCAUCAGAGGAGGUAGAGGAGCAAUGUCAGGGCCUAAAGGAGUUUUACCAAACUGACACCCUGCGAAAGGAAGAGGGUGACGCUGAAACCGAGCGUCACUCUGACUCAGUGGAGAAGCAGUGGCAGCUGUUUUUAAAGAGGAGCUUUUUAACUCAAGACCUCGGGCUCAAGUUCCUUAAUUUAAUAAAUAUGGCAAAAGCAAAUGAAAUAUUAAAUGUGAAAAAUGAAGUACACAUUAUGGAGAACACUAUGGAAAGCCAGAAGGCAGAAAGGGAAGAACUCAGCCGCCUUCGGAUAGCCUGGCAACUUAAAGCCGCUGCAAGCAAGCCCAUGAAACAGCAGUGGGGAGCGUUCAAAGAGCAACUUAGAAAGACUACUCACAACUUAAAACUUCUUCAGGAAGCACUUAUGCCUGUGUCUGCACUUGACCUUGGAGGGAGUCUCCAGACCAUUUUAGGCCUACAGAAAAAAUGGAACGAAAUGAAACCUCAGUUCCAGCAACUGAAUGAUGAGGUUCAAUACAUUAUAAAAGAGUCAGAAGAGUUAAGUGGCAAAGGAGCCCCUGUGAAAGAGAAGUCUCAACAGCUGAAGGACCUAAUUCACCUCCAUCAAAACCAGAAAGAGAGAAUCCAAGAUUACGAGGAGAUCCUGUAUAAGAUUGUCCAGUUCCACCAAGUCAGAGAAGAGCUGGGACGACUCUUCAGAUCAAGAGAACUGGAGUUUCUACAACAGCCGAAGGAAAUGGGUGAUGCUCACGGUGUCCAGGUUCUCCUCAGUCGCUCUCGGGAAAAGCAGGCACACAUAGACCAUCUGCAUAAACUGGCUCUUUCCUUGGGGGUGGACGUCAUCUCGUCAGUUCAGCGGCCUAACUGCUCUAAUGUCUCUGCAAAGAACCUGCAGCAGCAGCUGGACAUCCUUGAGGGGGACGGUCUGAACUGGCGUGCCCAGGCUGAGGACCGCGAGCGGGCCCUGACCCACAGCCUGGAGUUCUGUACCACAAGGGGUGAGAUGAGCGAGCUCAAAGAGUCAUUCAAAGACAUCAAAAAGAAAUUCAACAAUUUGAAGUUUAAUUACACCAAGAAAAAUGAAAAAGCUCGAAAUCUAAAAGCUCUCAAAUAUCAAAUUCAACAAGUAGAUAUGUAUGCUGAAAAACUACAGGCUUUGAAAAGGAAAAUGGGAAAAGUUGAGAAUAAAACUUUUUUCUUAAAUUAUCCAAAUAAUAAAGUGAAUGUCCUUUUGGAAGCCAUGAGGGAUUUGCAGAAAAAUGUGGAUGAGUUUGACAAAGUUGUGACAGAUUACAGGAAGAAUUUGGACCUGACUGAGCAUCUCCAGGAGUUGAUAGAAGAGUGUCACUUUUGGUAUGAAGAUGCAAGUGCCACAGUUGUAAGAGUUGGAAAAUAUUCCACAGAGUGCAAGACCAAGGAAGCUGUGGAGAUUCUCCUUCAGCAGUUCAAAAAGUUUAUCACACCUUCAGUGCCUCAACAAGAAGAAAGGAUUCAGGAAAUCAGUGACCUGGCUCAGCACUUAUAUGGUUUUGAAGAAGGGCAGAAAUAUGCUGAGAAAAUAGUGGCCAAACACAAAGAGGUUCUUGAAUCUGUUACUGAAUUAUGUAGCUCUCUCACAGAGCUUAAAGAAAAAAAGGGAAACGUUUUAAAGAUGAACCUGAAUUUGGAAGGCUUCCACGAUGAUUGCAUUGACCUACUAAAAGAACCAGCGAGAAAUGAGCAGACAAUAUUCAAUAAAGGAAGGAAUAAGGAGCAGGCCAAGCCAGCGGACGACUUGGUGGUCAAUGGAGCAGGAGAGGGUCAGCUUCCACGGGAAGUGAAGCAGCUGGUCCCUGGCAAAGAGGGUGCUGUCCAAGGCCUGCUCCUGCCCGUGGAUGUGCUUUCAGGAGAAGAAUAUGAGUGUGUCUCGCCCGAUGACGUCUCCCUGCCUCCGCUCCCGGGAAGCCCCAAUUCCCUCCUCUCUCCGUCUGACAUGGAGCUGGAGGCGGGUGCCCUCCCGUCCCUUCGCCGGCACCUAAGCGGCCACGGGACGCAGACAGGGGCCAGCGGUCCAGGGGAGGCCCCGGAGUCUGGCCUUCUGCCACCUGCUGCUUUUGCUGAUGCUUGCAAAGAUAAGAGAGAAACAUUUUCAAGUCAUGUUGAGAAGCCUUCCCCCCAGUUCCAAGCUGAGCCCCCAUUAACAUCCCGAGGAUUUCUGGAAGAGAGUACUGACUUCCACAGAAUCAGUGUUAAACCUCCAGAGAGCAUGUGCAGUGAAGUGCAUGCGCGAGCUUUGCACCAGCGCCCCCAGGCUCAGGGAGGUUUGCUAGAAACACCGGAGAAAACGCAUGCUGAUAAUAACGUCACUAAAACCCGAAAUAGGCUGCAUGCUUCCCAGGAUGCAAGCUCGGGCCUCGGGUUUCAGCCAGGCUCCAGCCAGGCCUGUCAGAGGCAAAUGAUUCCCAGAGAAGAGAUUAAAGGUACCUCAGCAAAGAACAGCGUGGUCAGCCUAGCUGGCCAGGCCCCUAAUUUCUCCAGGCUCUUGUCUAAUGUAACUGUCAUGGAAGGUUCUCCAGUGACUUUGGAAGUUGAAGUAACAGGAUUUCCAGAGCCUACACUGACAUGGUACAAGAAGGGCCAGAAAUUGUCUGCAGAUGGGCACUUGCAGGUUUUACACAAGGAGACAAGACAUUCGGUGUUCAUUCCAAAGGUAUGCGAGGCAGAUGCAGGCCUCUAUGUGGCUCGGGCCCAAAACUCUAGUGGCAUUCUCUCUUCCAAUGUCAUCCUCCGCGUGACAGGUAACCACAGGCCGCCCAUCACAAGAAUAAACUGGAUCCUGCUGAGUGUCAUCUAUGUUAGCGUGUCCCUAAUGUACUGGCUACUCACACAGUAACUGCGGGGUUGGCACCAAUGGGCAUCAUUCUUAUGAGCCUAAAGGACAACAAUACUGCUGUUUAUUUUCCUGCAUCUCCCACCAAGCAUCCCCAACCAAGUAUCCCCCACCAAGUGUACCUCCAUUCUGGCCAUAUUGCUUUUUUGGAAUACCACUGCUCGGUGAAAUAAUCAAAUUUUCUUUAGUGCUUUAAUGUAUUUGAAGAGCUCAGUAAAUCAUUAGCAGUGAAUAAGGAUACAUUUCUGUAUUCUCAAAAGAGAUGUGUUCAAUAUAAAACACAGUCAAAUUAUACUAUGUUUAUUCCCUCCUAAUUUAAGAGCAUGCAGAUCAAGUCUCACAUCAGCAUGCAGAUGUGUUUUAUUUCAAAUCCAAUUGUUUGAUAAUCUAUUUUUAAUUGUACGCAUAAACAUCUCUUUGUAGAAUAAGAGUAGAAAUGUUGAACUAAAGUUGUAAUUUUCAUUAUUGCAUAAGAUGUCCUUUAAUUUUGCUUUUCAUGUCUUGAUCUCAUUUAUUGAAAUACAUUCUAUGUAGUUUCAACAUAGCCUACGUUCCUGAGUCUGAGGAUGGCACUGCAAAUAAUCAUUCCUCCUGUUGAUCUCAUGGGUUUGACAUUAGAGAAUAGAUGUGCUGUUAGCCUUAAAUGGAGUUUGAAACUUCCAUCAGCUGUGUGUGUCACAGAGCAAGAUAGAGCGUAGCCGCAGGGGUGGACCAACAGUAUUCCUGUCCUUCCGUUGACAUGUUUUGGACAGCCACGUGUAUACAGCUGCAUCCGGCUCCUCCUGCUUCUAAUCUUGAUUCUGUUGCUGACCAUUUUUACAGCCUGUGGGAAGGCAUAGUAGUGCCUCAGUUUCCCAUUUGGCAAAUGGGUUCAUCAUCUACCUCUUGGGCAACUGAAGGUUUUCAUUUCAUGUCUUGUAAAGAUCUGGAAAAUGGAAAGUACUCUAUGAAGACUAAGGGUAAUUGUAUUGCUUACUGUAAUUUGUCAUCACACUGCCUUCUGCCCACUGUUUCUCUUUCAGAUGUUGUUUCUUUUGAAUAUUAAAUUAAAGGAUGGUGUGAGUAUGUGAUUUCCAACUGUUUCCAUGUAGGAAAAUGAUGUUUUCUGAAUUGGAGCUUAAAUUCCUUUCUGAUUUCUUAAGACUAUAUCUUUUUCAAAGACUUGAAAUUAAACUCAGGGGGAUACAUUUAGUAAGAUCUUGGGGUAGA